CACAAUGUAAAACUUGAAAACUCUCAAAAGCAGAACUUCAAGAAGCGAAAAUCAAAUCAAGGAACAUCAUUGGAAUCAUGAAGCUCUUCUCAACUCUUCUACUCGCAUCGUUAUCUUCGGCCAACGGCCAAGGGGCUCAAUUGUUGGCCCGAUGGGAUAUGAAUGAGCCGACAACUAGUUUCGAGGCGGACACGAACACUUUUGUUUUUGAUUACGUUGGAACGUCACCCGAUAACGUGGGAGGAACUGGAGUAACUCAACACGUUAUGUAUUCUUACGAUUGUAAGGAUGAUGGUACCUUCACCGCGCAAGUCCCUCCCGUCACUGAAGUUGUAGUUACUGAUGGAGUAGAGAUCACCGAACAACUCUCCACUACAACCCCAGCUCAUCCGCAACUCCGCAUUAAAAUUACUCCCAAAACUCUCGCCAACAACAAUUUGAUCUACGAUGUGUUGACACAAGAUUGGUUAACAGCCUAUAAAGCAGCAAACAAUGAUGAGAACCCUCCCUACACAAGUGUGUCUGGGUAUGGAGACUUCGCAAGUUCUGAGGAUUUAGGUAAAGGCUUGGCACACAUGUGUCUUCGUUACGGUAUCGGAAAGACGGUUACUGGUUUUUACGAGAUCAACUUCAUCGAAACAUUGAUUGAAGUUAAGUACGACCUAACAGCCGGUUUCAGUGUUGAUGGAUUUUCCGUUGCUCCAAAAAACAGAGAAGUUGUUACCGAAAUCAAAUCGGACUACACUCUUGAAGCGUAUUUGUGCAACCCAGCCAGCACCGACACCCCAGAAGAUUUCAACGGAAACACGUACGUAUGGCCUACUGCCGAUCCUCAAGCAGCUGGUACCGCAUUUAACCAAGGAGCUUUGAUCAAGAUUUGUAUUAAACCAAUCGGUCAGACACGAAUUGACGGUCUUUACCUCGAAGGAAUUACUUCCUACACAUGGAAACUUUAUGACGAACCUGGUACCAGUGAGAUCACCGGUGUGACCCAGGGGAUCGAUGACGGCUUGAGUUACAUGUCGUGUUUCGAUGUUAACGGUAGUGACUCUGGCAAUGGGCCCUUUGAUUACUGCACGAUUGAAUCCAUUCUAUAUGCUGAUUUUUACAAAGUAGCUGGGACAGUUAAAGGUAGCGGUGAAGCAACACUCGACUUUGGAGCAGUGCCAGCUGCAAGACUUUUGAAAGCCGCGAAUAGUGAGGAGGAAGCCCGAAAGUUGCAGGAAGCUCCUUCGGCCGAGUUCGAUGUUUCGGUCAGUGUGAGCAAUGAUGCCGAAGGUCCUGGUGCCCUCAAAACAGCUGGAGGAAUUUCUCUCAAUGCAUCUGCGUUCGCAACUCUUGCUGCUCUCUUGAGUGCUAUUAUGUUGGCCUAAGUGUGAACAUAUGUUUGGUGUUUUUAAAAUUUAUAAUAGUCCCACAAGAACAAGAUUGUGUUCCCAAGGUCAGAAUUUUCACAGGGGAGCACUCUCUUCCGACUAAGAAGUAAUAAAUAAAGUGUUACAAGACAAACGUCAUAACAUCAAACUGUUGUCUUGAGGUUGGGUUUCGUUUGUGUAUUUUGUAGGGUUUGGCUUGCUAUUCUCUUACUAUGUAUUACGUUACACCGAUGUGUUUUGCUAUUAGCAAAAUCAUAUCAUACUAUCACACCAUUGAUCAUAAGUACGGUACGUGGGAAAACCUGAAAAAACCUGGGGUUGGGGUUGCGGUUGGGGUUGGGGUUGUGGG